UAUGACGACGGCAGCGUCACUCUCAGCUGCGAACACAUGUUGUUUUGUGCGCAUCGCUCAAUGUUGGCCAAACACUCCCUCGUCCUCCGCGAGAUGCUCGAGCUAAGGGUGCAGGAGAACCGCAAACCAGCCGUCUUGCACGGAUAUCCCUGCAUCGCGCUAGACGAUGCAAGGGAGGAUGUACAAACGUUGUUAAAGAUUGUUUACAACGACCGUCGCGUGGAUCGCCUGAGAUUAGCGGCUGACGAACUCCCAUUGCUACCCAGCACUUUUCGCAUGGCCACACGAUUUUGCAUCGAGCACACCCUCGCUGAGGCUUGCACUCUGAUCAAAGAGAGGUGGCCUUCCGAUCUGGAUGCAUAUGAUGCAAGGGUCAUGCUGGAGGAACGGUCUCAGUCGAGUGCCCAGAAUUCGCGGGCUUCCUGGCGGGGAUGA